UGUUAACGAUGAUAUCAUAUUCUAUGACGGUGACGUUCGAAUUCGAUGUAUUCAAAUAACAACUGAAUGUUAAAACCAUUCUAAACAAAUGCAAAACAAACUGAUACCACGGCAACCAAUCUGACAAGUUGUCAAACGAGUCUGUAAAUAGACAUGCAGUUUUGUGAUCACACAGUACAAAGCAAGUCGAGCAGUUGGAAUCCUAAAUAAAGCAACUGCUAGAAGAGGAUUCAAAGAGAAGAAAGCCAAUUAUCGUUAACUACAGACGGCUCUCUCAACUGCGUGAUAAAACGUGACAGCAAUAUUUCGGUCUCUUUCUUACUCGCGGAUUAUCGUUUCACAAAAUGGCCGACAUUUUCGCUCACCGCGAGCGCUGCAGACGGACGUCUGUUUUCAUUUAGACCUCGACUUUCUUGCGAGUUACAUUGGUUGGGGUUGCCGACACAACGUUUUGCUUCGCCUGGAAGAGUUCUGGAGGAUCUGGAGUACUUCUAAACCGCAAUAAAGACUCCGUCCGAGAUUUUUGGCUAUUGGGUGUACAUUCCACUCCAUGGCCACGGACAUGAAGUAAUAAAUUACGAUGCAAUUAAUUUUAGAAACUGAAGCUUCUGUAGACUUAAAAACAAAGAUGUCUCUUACUGAUGACGUUGAAAAGGUCGUAUCAGAUAUUUUGACUGUCCAAAACGGAGAUAUUCCCAAUGGCGAUGCUACGACAGAGAAUAAUGAAACAGCAGAAGCAAAAGACAAUGACGGUGUGCAAAAUGUAGACCAGAUUAAAGCGGCAUCUAUUGAGACAGACAAUGAUUUCCAACAAAACGGUGAUACUGUGACCAGCGAAAAUAAUAUUUCCAAUGACUGUAAUGCCACAGAUAUACUUAAUGGACAUAAUUCACCUAAUGAAGAGUUACAUAGUGAAAAUGGUAAUAAAUGCGAGGAUGCUGCUUCUGAAGACAACCAUAUAGAUCAUGACAGUAAAUCUAAUGAGACUGCUGUUAAUUGUGACGGUGCUGCAAAUGACCAAAAUGAAGACAUGGGUGAAAGUCAUAUUAAUACAGUAGAACCUGUCGCCACGCUAUGCCAUAACACAGAAACGGGAGUAACAAAUGUUGCGGCAAGUCAUAAUGAUGACAUUAAUGAAAAUAGCAAUCCAUCUCUUAUUGAAAACAUUAAACACGAAAUUACUGAAAAUACGGAAUCUGUUACAGACGAAUCUAGCAGUAAGAUUGAUCUCAAUGUAGAUGUAAAUAUUAAAAAAGAAGAUGAAGAUACAUUAAUUCGCGAAGACGUAAAUGCAGACGCAUGUGAGGACAGUCUUAUAAAAAAAGAAACAGAAGAAAAUACUAUCCAAGAAAAUAAUUCAGUUUUAAAUACAGUUUCCCAUAAAACAACAGAUGAGUCCGCUCAAGCAGAAUCUGAUGAUAGUAAUAUAAAAUUAUCCGUGGUUAAGACAGAAAUAACAGACAGUGCUUCUGAAAACAAGGAAACUGUAGUAGCAGAUAAUGAAUCAGCACAUGAAGAAAAAGAAACUAUGGAAACAGAUAAUGCAAAGGAUGAUGCAAGUGAAGAGAAUUCUAAAUCGAUCAUUGUAGAAGCUAGUAAUAACUGUGCUUCUGAAAACAAGGAAACUGUGGUAACAGAUAAUGAACCGGCACAUGAAGAAAUAGAAACUGUGGAAGCAGAUAAUGCAAAGGAUGAUGUAAGUGAAGAAAAUGUUGAAUCAAUCAGUGUAGAAGCUAGUAAUAAUUGUGAUAAAGUUAACGAUGCUGAUAUUAGUGAUGAAGCUAGUAAGGAAGAAUUAAGUACUGAUAACUUGAACACUAGUGAUGUCACAAGUAUGGAUGUUGACGUAAAUAUUACUGCUAUUCAUAACGAUACAACACCGGUUAGUGUUACUGAUAUCACCGAAUCAAAAGUCGAAGAGAACGUAACGCAGAUUGAUGAUAACAAGAACUGUGAUAAUGUUAUCGUUAAUUUGGAUGAUGAUAAAGAGACAACUACUGAACAAGAAAAGGUUGAAACAGAUUCUCCUUUAACAAAAGCAGAUAAUGAUGAACCUGUAUUGAACCAAGAUGAUCAAAGUAAAGUAACAAAACAUAUAGAAAAAAUGCCAAAUGAUGAUCAAAUGUUAGUAGAUGAUAUCAUUGAUUUAGACGAGCCAAAGGAGUCACAGGACUCCAAAACAACAGACGAAGAAAGUAAGAACGAGAAAGACACUAUUGAUAAGACGGAAAGUGAAAACGAUAAACCAAUAGAACCGGUUUUGAAAUUGUCAAAUACAUUAAAUAUUUUAUCUGAUGAUGAGGAAGAGCAGGUUCCUAAAAGUACAAACACUGAAGUUAUUGAGAAUAGCGAUAACAAAUGCAUCAACAUUGAAGAUGAUGAUGAUAUCAUGCUAAUAGAUGAUGAUACAAGUGGUAAUGAAAAGAUCGAACCCACUAAAGAGCCAGAAGUUGAGAAGCAUACAGAGACAAAACCUGCGAGUCCGGCUGAAAGUGAAAAAGUGUCUGAAGAUAACAAAAUUAUACACAAAGUUGAAGAAGACGUUGAAAAAGAUGCUCCGGUCCCAGAGAAAGAAGUCAUAAUAUCCACAACGUCACCAGACAUCAGUGAGAAAACUGGAGAAAAUAAGUUCGAGACUGAAAUCAAGAAACCACUGAUUCCUGAAAAUUUCCUUAAAACAUGUAAAAAGAAUUUAGUUGACAUGACAAGGGACGAGCUAGAAGAGUUCUGCGUUCUAAAAAUAGUCGAAAGCGUCUUGGACAGAAGCAGUUUGAGCGAGGUCAAAAACAAACUUAAAACGUUAACGCAAAACCUAGAAGAAUACAAGAAAAAAGCAAUGAUGCUUCAAAAGCAGAACAGAGAUCUCCAAGUCGUGUUCAAGUCUGUACAAGAAGACGUAAAGAAAGCGACUGACGCGCCCAUAGUUCCCUUGAAAAUAACGCGGUCUGUUGGCAUGCAGGUCCUCAUGUCAGAAAAAACGGAUAAACGAAGGAGGCCUGGACCUACCGGUGGCAUGCCUAACAAUUUCGUUAAUAGUAAUAACAAACAAGUGCGGAAUCCCGUAGCGCAAGGCCCUCGACCACAGAAAGCUCCCACGCAACCUAUUCCAGUCCCAAGACUCGUCCCAGCAAGUCCAGCAAAAACUCCUCAACAAGUCAACACAAGCAAAGUAACAAGCCCACUCCCCAAUGGAGUUAAAAGUGUGUCACCAGUACAGAAAGGCGAGAAGCGAACUCAUAAUAGAAUGCAAUCCGUAACUGUAGAUUUAACAGACGAUGAACCUCCGACGAAGAUGGUGAACCGUACAGGACCAAUGCCACCAGUCAGACUGGUCCCAUCGCAGAACCUUCUAGCCACGCCGAGGACCCCAACCGUGAACAGCCCUAGAAAAGUUUACAUACCUAUAAGCGGACCUCAAGGUCAGAAUGUCAGGCCUGGUCAAACGAUCAUGCUAAAAACCGUACAGUCUCCAGGACCAAGACAACGAGCUGCUCCUCCUCAUAUGGUCAGGAUGCCGCACGGAGCCAUGCGGAUGACGCGACCACAAGGCUUAAGACAUCCAGCCCCGCUCCCUGAAUGUAUGAAGCAAUACCAACCACCCAACUGGAAGGCCUUGCCGCCAGCGCCCGACCUGAAGCUCGCUAAAGUAGAAAACGGCAUUGUAAUAUCUUGGAAAAUAGAAGGAUACCAAGAAGACAGUUAUGAAGAAAUAGCCAGUUAUCAAUUGUAUGCUUACCAAGAAACGACGUCGCCACCUAGCACCGCUUUGUGGAAAAAAAUAGGAGAUGUAAAAGCACUGCCGCUGCCCAUGGCUUGCACUUUGACACAGUUCAUGGCAGGUUAUAAAUACUACUUUGCCGUAAGAGCGGUCGACAUCAGGUCCCGCCUGGGACCGUUCAGUUUGCCUGGAAGCAUUCUUCUUUUAAAUAAGAUGUAAAGACUGAUUCAUUAUUUUUAUUCUGGUGCUGCGAGCGGUGAAUGAAGAUAUGCCAAGUGAUUUGUUGACUGAUAUUGUUCGUAUUAUUUAUUUUACUCAAAAGUGUACAGUGCGGUGUUGCGCCGUUUUUAAAUAAGAUUUUUGUAAGUUCUAGUGUUUAGGUUUGUCUAGAAAUAGCCAGCAUCGAACAUGUGCUGUUGAUCUCUUGGUUAUACUGAUAUAAUAAUUCAAAUAAUAAUGUGCUAGAUAGAUAAUAUUUGUAUGUAACAAGUUUUAUGUCAUCUGACCAAAAACUUAAGUAGACACAUUUUUUGUAACACGUUGUAUAUUUACUUCAACUAGACGUACAAAAAAACUCAACUACGUAUAUAAACCGAUAACUGGUUAGAAUUAAACUUUCCGGAAUUAUAA